AUGAUUUCGUCCCCUUCCGGUUUCGUUAACUCGUCCUUCGCUGUCGGCCACAAUGUUGUCAAGUCAAUACUCUUCCGUAUUGCCGGUAUCGCGGUUCAGAUUGGUGUUUUCAAGCUCUUCUCCCUUCUAGCGUCAACGCGAAGUGCAUUUACGGCGUAUUUGAUGUUCACUGAGGAUUAUAUUCAAAGGCUCCUAUUCAUAUUUUCUCGUGGAUUUAGUCACCAUGCCGCCCUCGUCCUGUUUCUCACCAUCUUCCUGCUUGGUGCGGGUUUGUAUGACACCUUUCUCUGGGGUCUCGAUUCGCCCGGUUAUAUUGCAACGGAAACAAAUUUCACGGCUGCAUCCUUUCAGCACCGAAUGUCGAAGCGCCCGGGAUACGUGGUGUUCUCUUCCACAAGACCAGGCGAGGUGGAUGGGCUUGAAAAGCACUUUGUAGGGCUCAUGAACGGCAAUUUGUUCGAUUCCAACCUCAACUUCACUUUGACAGGCGAAGUCGACCUGGGAACACCAGAGCCUGUUCCCCCAACCCGCGAAUUUGAACCUGAGCUUGGUCCCGGACCGCGGAUAUGGCUUGAUGAUGAAGGGUUCUCAGUCUCACCUGAUACUUAUAUCACUGUCGGAGGAUACCUUCCAUCAAAUAAUCUAACGUCGUACAGUUGCCCCUGGCGACCAGGCAUCAACGAGUCAGCAGUGUGGGAAUGCAGCUUCGACAAUGCUUUCGCGGGAAUAUUUUUAAGAGAAACUAUGGUCGGCAAGCCGGAAAUACAUUGGGACGAUGAGACGGACAAAAGGUACCUUUCGGUAUAUCUGUCCCCUAACCGGGAGGAUAACCCUUGGGCUGUGUUGGGAAUGGGAGGUGACACUGCUAUGAUGAAACAGAUGUUCACCGUGACAAAAGGCCGAAGGAGACACACUUUCCUUGACACUGCCCUGAAAAUAUCAUCGGUUUACGACUAUUACGCUCCAUUCCCUUUCGACGAGGUUCAUGAUAUCAUCAAACGGUCUUGGAACGUAGACCCAGCGCUGACAAACGACCCAACUAUCACUCAGAUCACGGAAAAGCUCCAAAUUGCCAAAGCAGACAACAGCAGUAUGCACCUUGGCUCAGUCGUUAAAAUCGGAAACUCCGUCGUCCAGGUGAAUUUUGAAUGGUUGAAUCCAGAGGGAGUACCAGGCAAGGUCCUCUUUUCAGUUCUCCGAAUAUCUGCGGUUAAUAUCACUCUUGUUCGGUCGGAAACCCUCCCAGAGCCUGUCAAACCUUUUGAGAAAUGUGACAGGUUCUAUUAUAAUGAGGCAACCGGAGGUGAAACAUAUGGCACGAACUGCUACAAGGAAUAUAUCGCAAACACUACUGGCGCACGAUUUUUUGGAGAAAUGGAUGCCUCUUCUGUUCUCAUUGUCAGCGGUACACUAGGUGACGGUGGCUCCAACAUCAGCUCGAAAGCAUUCAACCAGGAAGCCUUUGAAUGGCUUGCAAAGAACGAGCGUAAGCUAGAUGAUCUCGUAUUAUCUCGAGGAUACCUGAUGUCGGUCGACCCGAAGCUGGUUACCCUCAAAAUCAGCACAUCACAGCCAGCAAUGUCAUAUCUCCAAGUUUUACUUGUGAUCCUACCUAUCGUUCUCGCCGCUAUUAUUUGGGGCCUGCUGUGGUACUUUGCUGCUUCACAUUACUCUUCCUCGCUUCUGGCCAAUCUUUACGCGACCACGAAUAUCGGUCAUACUAAUACCAGCGCCGAUCCUCAGUAUAUGCACAAGAUUCCUGAUAUCGACCUCAUUAGGAAGGAUCAGCAAGUAUUAAUGGCAACUUCCACUGGCGUUUUCGUGCAUGCUGAGGAUUCAGAAUCAAACGUGGCCAGCGUGAACGUUGUCAAUCAGAAGUUGGACGACCCAAAGGCCCCAUAUGCCCCGAAUAAUAAUUCAUAUCAUUAUCAAUCCCCUGCAUUGCUGCCGGGUUAG